UUUUCUUUACUUGCUUUUCCAAACAUAUGAUGAUUAUGAAAUAUUUUAUUAAGUGUGUAUCAAACCUUGCUCUUCUAUAAAUAUAAGACAGCACGUCUAUCUUCUUGUUGCAAGCAAAAGAAAGAAAGAGAGAGAAUGGGAAAGCUAAUGGCAAAGAGGUUUUGCAUUGGGUUUGGGUGUGGAAGAAGUGGGACAAGCAAUAGCAACAACAAGAGGUCAUCAUCAUCAUUAUCUUCUUCUUCGUCGUCAUCAUUAUCAUGUAACAAUAACAACAUAAAAUGGGAGAUGAGGCCUGGAGGGAUGCUGGUUCAGAAGAGAUCAGAAGAUUCCAACACUGAAGAUUUAAUCAGCCUUAAAGUCUCCACUGUUUCUCAGCUUUCAUAUGAAAUCUCCAUUGAUGCAAACUCCACUUUUGGUGAAUUGAAGAUGAUGAUAGCAAUAGUGAGUGGAAUUGAGCCAAUAGAGCAGAGACUCUUGUUCAAAGGGAAGGAAAGAGAAGACAGAGAAUACUUGCACAUGAUAGGUGUUGGGGAUGGGGACAAAGUCUUUUUAUUACAAGAUCCUGCUUUUAAGGAGUUGAAACUUCUUCGUUUUUCUUCACCUCCCAAUUACUGCCUAGUUUGAUUCCUUACUUUAAUAAUUGAUUAAUCAGUCAAUCGAUUAAUUAGCUCUAAUCUAUUUGAAACACUCUCUAUAAGAGAAAUGCGAUAAGUUCUUUGUAGGAGUAUUAUGUUUGUUUGUAAUUUGUUGUAUUGUCUCACAUUUGUUAGGUUUUGAAUUGAGUGAUUAAUUAUAUG